AUGGGUUUCACUGAUUUCCUCUCCGAUGCUGGCUUGACCCUCUUGAACAACUGGGUUCAGACUCGCUCUUAUAUUGCUGGCUACUCUGCCACCCAGGCUGAUGUUGCAUGCUUCAAGGCCUUGAAGGAGGCUCCCGACGCCAAGAAGUUCCCCAACGCUGCCCGUUGGUACAAGCACAUCGCUACCUUCGAGGAUGAGUUCGCUUCCCUCUCUGGCGAUGCUAGCAAGCCCUACACCGUCUACGGCCCCGAUGCCGCCGAAGUCACUUUGAACCCCGCCAAGGCCCCCGCUGCCGCGGACGACGACGACGAUGUCGACCUGUUCGGCUCUGAUGAGGAGGAUGAUGCUGAGGCUGAGCGUGUCCGCGAGGAGCGUCUGGCCGAAUACCGCAAGAAGAAGGAGGCUAAACCUAAGACUAUUGCCAAGUCUGUUGUCACCCUUGACGUCAAGCCUUGGGAUGAUGAGACUGAUAUGGUUGGCCUUGAGUCUUCCGUCCGUGGCAUUGAGAAGGACGGUCUGGUCUGGGGUGCUUCCAAGCUGAUCCCUGUCGGUUUCGGUAUCAAGAAACUCCAGAUCAACCUCGUCGUCGAGGACGAGAAGAUCUCUUUGGAUGAGCUCCAGGAGGAGAUCCAGGAAUUUGAGGACUACGUCCAGUCCACCGACGUUGCCGCCAUGCAGAAGCUCUAA